AUGGAUGAAAACGUCAUGGAAGACCAAAACCAAUUAGCGGAUGCAGUCGCACCUGCCACCGAAGCUGAGAUGACUACUACUACUACUACAACGACCAAAGUACCUGAUGAGAAGGCCGUUAUGGAAUUACAAGACGUGUUUGAUAAGAUUAAAACUCACUUCCCGCCAGCCAAAGUAAAGAAAAUAAUGCAAACUGACGAGGAUAUCGGCAAAGUUUCACAAGCAACGCCUGUAAUCGCUGGCAGAUCCCUAGAAUUUUUCAUCGCACUCCUGGUCAAGCGUAGUAGCGACACGGCAAGAAGAUUAGGCUGUAAGAGAAUUAGCGGUGAAGUAAUGAAGGAAACCAUCUUGACAGAUGAAAAAUUCGAUUUCUUAAGAGAAAAUGUAUGUGGAGAAAAAUUCGAAGCUGAAGGUGAUGAUCAAGACCAAGAUUCCUCAAUGAACGAGUGA